ACGAAGCGAAAACACUGAAUCAAUUCAUCCUUUCUUACUCCAAUUUUCACCUCGUCUCUUCAUUCAUCAUCGCCAUCCCUCAUCCAACCUGUAAAUACAUCCCCGGGUUAUUCAUUCGUUGAACAUGGCCGCCCCUCUGACACCCGAGCAAAUAGCCGUCGUGAAAGCGACGGCGCCGGUGCUCAAGGAGCACGGCGUCACCAUCACCAGCCUGUUCUACAAGAACAUGCUAGACGCGAACCCGGAGCUCCGCAACGUCUUCAACGAGGCGAACCAGGUCGGCGGCGCGCAGCCACGUGCGCUCGCGGCCGCUGUCUUCGCCUACGCCACCUAUGUCGAUGAUCUCGGCAAGCUAGCCGCCGCCGUCGAGCGCAUUGCGCACAAGCACGCUAGUCUCAACGUCCAGCCCGAGCACUAUCCCAUUGUCGGCAAGUUCCUCCUCGAGGCCGUGGCUAGUGUCUUGGGCGAUGCAUGCACGCCUGAGAUAGCUGAAGCUUGGACGGCAGCAUACGCAGUCCUCGCCGACAUAUUCAUCAACCGGGAGCAGCAGAUCUACGUCGCAUUCGAGAACUGGUCCGGCUGGAGACGUUUCAAGAUCCAAAAGAAGGUUCCCGAGUCUAGCGAGAUCACAAGCUUCUACCUCGCGCCCGAAGAUGGCGUGGCUCUCCCUCGGUAUCUGCCGGGGCAGUACAUCAGCCUGCAGCUGUACAUCCCCAAGCUCGGGGUAAGACAGCCCAGACAGUACUCCCUCAGCGACGCUCCAGGGAGUGACUGUUACCGCAUCAGCGUCAAGAAAGAAGCCGGCGGCAAGUCUGCCACGGUCCCGGGCUUGAUAUCCAACAUGCUGCACGACGACUUCAACGAGGGCGACGUAGUAGAGCUCACGCACCCGACCGGCGAAUUCUUCGUGCGGGUAGAAGAAGAGACGCCCCUCGUGCUCAUCUCAGCAGGCGUGGGGAUAACGCCCAUGGCAUCCAUCCUCAACAGCGUCGCAUCCACGGGGUCCUCGAGGCGCGUCUCUCUCGUCCACGGCGCGCACGGAUCCGAAGUCCGCGCGUUCUCAGCCGCCCUCCGAACCGCCGCGGAAAAGCCCAAUGUGCAGACCUCCAUGUUCCUGUCCACACUCAAACCGAACGAGGUGCAGGGUGUCGACUACGACUUCGAGGGCCGCGUCGACCUCGACAAAGUCGGGUCGGAACGCUUGUUUCUGGACGAUGCGGUGGCGAAUUACUACGUCUGUGGGCCGACGUCAUUCAUGGUGGAUAUCCAGAAGUAUCUCGUCGACCAUGGGGUGAAUGAGGACAGAAUUCACCUCGAGAUAUUUGGUGUCGGAAACUAGUGAUUGACACGGGCGUGUAUAGAGGCUGAGGGCUGCUGAUGUGUGACUAAUGUUGGUGUUUCGAUUCGUCUGCGAUGGACUACGAGUCAAGAAAGGUGUAUGAUAUUGGGAUGCUUAGCAUGAAUUUGGGGGGAGCGUGUGCAUGGCUGUAGCGGAUGGUGGACUUUUGCAAUAUGUGUUUCAAGCGAGUUAAACACUUCAUGAUUAUUUUGGUUUUUGGUUUUUUUGGUUCUUUUUUCCAGGCUACACUAGAUGAGCGUAGUAGGUAGCAUGUGUCUCGCCACGCGAGACCAAACAUCCUGUCCCAGGGAAUGAAUAGAACAAUCACCUCUCAAGAGUACAGCGCCAAUAGCAGACUUUCAUCCCAAAUACUGUUGAGCGGGACCU